AUCCCAUUCCCAAAAUCACUAGUCCUCACAAAUCAAUUUCUCCAAGCCCUAGUAAUCAGAAAUCUCUGUAAUUUCCAUCUUUAUCUUCACUAAUGGCUCGUACUAAGCAAACCGCUCGGAAAUCCACCGGAGGAAAAGCUCCAAGGAAGCAAUUAGCAACAAAAGCAGCACGAAAAUCGGCACCAGCAACCGGAGGAGUGAAGAAACCACACAGAUUCAGGCCAGGAACUGUUGCUCUUCGAGAAAUCAGAAAGUAUCAAAAGAGUACUGAACUCCUGAUCCGUAAACUUCCAUUUCAGCGAUUAGUUCGUGAAAUCGCUCAAGAUUUCAAAACUGAUUUAAGGUUUCAGAGUUCGGCAGUUGCAGCAUUACAAGAAGCAGCUGAAGCUUAUCUUGUUGGUUUGUUUGAAGAUACUAAUCUAUGUGCGAUUCACGCUAAAAGGGUUACUAUUAUGCCUAAAGAUAUUCAACUUGCAAGGAGAAUCAGAGGUGAACGUGCUUGAUUAUGAGGGAUUUAAGAUCUAAUUUCUGUCGGGGGUUUCUUGUGUAAAUGUGAUUUAGGUUCUAGGGUUUUAAGAUCUAUGUGUUUUUGUGUUUGGCAUGUUUGACUGUGUGUUCUGAUUUCAUUCAUCUAAGGGAAUAUAAUCACAGUUUUGGAAUUUUAUGUUUUGCCGAUCUGGUUAA